AUGAGCAUCUACAAUGCAGUCCAUGCAGUGGCCCAUGCUUUGCAUUCUGCAGCCUUGUCUCAAGCCAUUCCCAGAAGAACACUGGGUGACAAAAGACUUCAGCCAUGGCAGAUGAUCCCGCAUUCAGUGUGUAGUGAAUAUUGCCAGCCGGGGUAUCAGAAGAAGAAGAAAGAAGGGAAAAAAUUUUGUUGUUAUGACUGUGCUCCAUGUGCAGAAGGAAAGAUUUCAGACCAGAAAGACAUGAAUGACUGUUUCAGAUGCUCAGAAGAUCAAUAUGCAAAUGAAGACCAUACUGAAUGCAUCCCCAAAGUCAUAACUUUCCUCUCCUAUGAUGAACCGUUAGGAAUCAGCUUAGCUUCAGCUGCUCUGCUUUCCUCCCUGACCACAGUCUUUGUGCUUGGAACUUUCAUUAAGCACAGAGAUACUCCAAUUGUCAAAGCCAACAACCGGGAUCUCUCCUACACUCUCCUUGUCUCCCUUCUGCUCUGUUUCCUCUGCUCUGUGCUGUUCCUUGGUAAGCCAAAGAGAGUCACCUGCCUUCUGCGACAGCCAACUUUUGGCAUGACUUUCUCAAUGGCCAUUUCUUGUGUCUUGGCUAAAACUAUCACUGUGGUGGUGGCUUUCAUGGCAACAAGACCAGGAUCCAACAUGAGGAAAUGGGUGGGAAAAAGACUAGCCAACUCCAUUGUUCUCUGCUGUUUUUUCAUUCAAGCAAUUAUUUGUAUUGGGUGGAUAACAAUCUUUCCCCCAUUCACGGAUCUUGACAAACAUUCAUUCAGCAAAUAUAUCAUUCUAGAAUGUAAUGAAGACCCCAUUGUGAUGUUUUUCCUUGUCUUGGGAUACAUGGGGCUGCUUUCCAUCAUCAGCUUCACGGUGGCCUUCCUAGCCAGAAACCUUCCAGAGAGUUUCAAUGAAGCCAAGUUCAUCACCUUCAGCAUGCUGGUGUUUUGCAGCAUUUGGUUAGCUUUUCUUCCAGCCUACCUGAGCACCAAAGGGAAAAAUAAAGUAGCAGUAGAGAUCUUUUCCAUCGUGGCCUCCAGUGCUGGCUUACUCAGUUGCAUCUUUGUCCCAAAAUGUUACAUUAUUCUGCUGAAAUCAGAGUUGAACAGCAAGGAACAGUUGACAAAGAGAAAGAACUAAGAAGCUGAUUCAUUCAUGAACCUUAUUGUUUU